AUGUUUCAAACAUUGGCGAACACGGAACAAUUUUCAGCCCACAAACUGUGGUAUACUGAAACGUGUACCUUCCACUUCGUAGGUCCCAUCACACGAUGGCGAAUUCUGCCAACUGCGGAAAACUACGAGAAACUGGCGCCACCCUGGCGACCGACCGAAACACAGCUCACCACUUUCCACUGGCCCGCCAUCGACUGGUUACCAUUCCCUGGCUUACGUGAUAACAUGAUUCGUCACGCAAACGAGUACGAUCUUACUCAAUUCUUAGAGGAAUCCAUGGACAGAUAUUGCCUGGAAGUCAGGCUGGAUGUGGGGGCAGAGAAGAAUGUUCCCGGUAUUCACACUCAGGAAGACGUGACAACAGGUCUUUCUACCGAAGUCGAGGAAACAUAUGUUUAUUAUCGUCUCAGUGAAUUUCUAUCCUACCUGUCUGGAAAGGAUGACACGGAACAGGAAUCCGGCCCAGGCAAGAUCACCCUGCCUCCCGGCCUUGAGACGAAAUUUCUCCUGGCUUUACAAGGGGUCGAGACUCCUUUUAAAUUAGAGCCGGGUCUCUUUGAGCAGUUCCCGUUUUUGUUCUGCGACCAGGCCGUGGUCAAGGGGUCCUACCUGCCACUGAAUUCCCCGUGGCACCAAUUGAAUGAGAGCGACGAGACUGACGAGUAUCGCUAA